AUGUUUUAAAGUGAUAUAGAAUUUUUAGAGAUGUAUCAUCUUCAAUCUAAGGAUUAAGCUCUCUCUUCAUUAGUAAAAGGAUCGUAGGAGUACAUAUAUUAUACUCUCCUCAAAGCCUUGAAUGAACAACAAUCAAAUCUUAAUGAUGAUUAGAAAACACUACUAAAGAAUCUAAAACCUCAUUCCGAUAAUUUAAAGAAUAUUGAGUUUCGAUCUCUCAUACUAGAGUUUGACAGUCUUUGUAAAGAAGAAGACACUAAAGAAAAUGAAAUUAAAAGAUAAAAGCUUAUGUAGAUUAUCAAUGAUAAAUUCUUGUAUCUCAAAUUCAACAACCAAGGAAAUAAGCUACAUGAAUUUUAAAACGAAUAAAGCUCUUAGAGAGAAGCAUAAUCAGGGACUCGUUAAUACAAAACUAAAUUGGACGAGACAAAUGUCUCUUUAAAUAAGUAUUUAGAAAAGGCUUAUUAAAUUGAAAACCUAAAUAAAUUUUCUGUUUACGCACUUCGAUAAUUAUAGUUUGAACAAAUCUUGAAAUGUAGUGAUAAUUGGAUUUAUGAAUAUUUAAACACUCUCGCUAGUUCAAAAGCAUUAGAAGGGUAUUUAAAUAUAUUUAUAUAGUUUGGAUUUUGUUAUUCCAUUAUUUUAUAGACUUAUAAAAGGGUAGUUUCAAUUAGGAUCUAUUUUUACUGCCAUGAGUUUGUAAUAAAUGGAAGAGCUUUAAAAAGUUUAUGAGGAUUUGUAGAAUAAUUUAGAUUUUAUAAAAAAUUACUAUGCCAAAAGAUUUGAUUCUAAGAAUGUCUAUGAUACUGAUGCUUUGAAAUAGAAAGAACAUUUACUAGAAGUGUAAAAUUGGUAAAAGACACUGCCUAACUAAUUUUAAUUUGAAUCAUUAGUCUUUAUCAAUUUAUUAAGUCUAAGUAAAAUUUAUGAUUUAAUUAGAUGAUAAAUAAAGUAAUUAUGAUAUCCAUCUCUUUAUUUCAUAUCUUUAAACACCAUUAAAGGAAUAUCCUGGUAUCAAUUACAAUUUAAGGGAUAGCUUGGGAACAAUGAAAUUUUUAUUUAAUCCUAUACCUCUGCCAGUAGAGCAUGAUCAAAUUAUUUAUAAACAUCUUGAAUAUAUGAUUAAAAACGAAUUAGAUUUAGAAUAAAUCUAAAAUUAUUUUGAAAAAGAUUAUUUGAAUAAAACAAAAGCUUUGCUUUAUUUGUAGCUGGGGAAAGAUCUAACAAAUAUAAAUUCAAUUCUAACAGAAAAUGAAGUCAUAAAAUUACAGAAUGAAAAAUACAUUGAAUUUCAUUAGUAAACUAAACUAAAACAAUUCUAACAUGGAGAAUCAGUUAAGCUUUGCAUUUUCUUAAAGAAUAUUCCCUCAUUAUCUAUAAAAUUAUUCUAAAUUGACACACUUAAUUAUUAUUUACAAGAUGAAUCACAGAGUUUCUUAAAUCUCAACCUAAAAGGUUUGAUUCCUAAAAACGAGAUGCUUUUUGAUUACUCGAAGGAUUUUAAGCCUACAUAAAAAAUAGAGAAAGAAAUCGAAUUUCCAGAAAUAAGUUAACAAAAUAGAGGCAUAUUUAUUAUUGAAUUCUAUGGAAAUGGCAUAGUCUCAAGAGCACUAAUCUAAAAAGGAAAUAUUUAAUUACGAUAAAAAAAAAAGGUUUCUUCAGGACAUUGCUUUGAAAUUUUGAAUGAAAAUUUAGAAGUUUGCUGCUCCAAUACAACAGGACUAUGGUUGGACAAAUAAUUUUAUAAGAUUGAUCAGGAAAGAAAAGAAAUUUUGAUACCAUUUGGGACUACUACUUAAAAUCAUAAAGUAAUAAUUACUCAUGAAGGGUUUGCAAAUUUACAAAGAAUAUAAAUUGAAUAAGAGUCUUACGAUUUGAAAUGUAGGGGAGUAAUCUCUGAAGAAUCCAUGAUCAUAGGAAAUUAAGCCAAAGUUUUGUUAUUCCCAAAGCUCUUUGGAAAUUAAAAUAGUAUUAGUUUGAAAUUGUUAAAAAAUUUAAUCAUUUUAGUUACAAUCUAUAAUGAAGAAAUGAAUCCAACUGUUUUUACAUUUGAUAAUGUAAAAUUUGAAGAUAGAAAGCCAUUUGAAAUGGAUAUCCCUAUUAGUAAAUUUAAACAAAUUAGAGUUUAAGUUACUGCUUAAAUCUAAAGUAUGUUAAAUAAAUCAAUAAUUGAUCUAAAAGAUUUUAUUUCAAUAGUGAUUGAGGAGGAAUUUGACACAGAAUAUUAUAAUAAUUAGUAUCUAUAAUACACUGAAGAUGAGGGGUAUUCAAUUUAUGUCUUAGGGAAAGCUGGAGAACCGAAAAUAAAUGUAAAGCUUGAAUUAACAUUUCUAAUUCAGCAUUUUCAAAAAUUCACAGAAGUUUUUCAAACUAACAAAAAUGGAAGGGUUCAUUUAGGUUAAUUGAAAAACGUCACUUUAAUUAACUCCAAACCGCUUGAACCUUAAGCAAUAAAUUAAAACCCAAGGAGUUGGAUCAUUUCUAACUUAGACACAUAAAAUAUUCCAAAUCAACUAAAUGUAUUAGCAGGCUAAAAAAUAACUAUACCUAUUUCUAUUGAAAAGGAAUAUAUACUAUUAUAUAAGAUUCAUAAGAAUUAAAUAAUUGAUUAUUUUUCGUAGGCUUUCGUUUUAGAAAAAAAUUAGUUAAGCUUUACUUUAACUGAACCUGGAAAUUAUGAGUUAUAAUUAAUGGUUGAUAAUAACCCGAAAUUAAUUUAAAUAGAAAUUUUUAAAGGAAAACUUAAAAAAGAUAUUGAUGGAUUUAUAAGCAACAAUAAAUUAAUAUUAGACUAAUAAUUAAACCAUCUAAUUUCAAUUCAAAAUUUAAAAAAAACACAGGAAGAGUCAGGCGUGAUGAUUACAGGAUCAAUAUGUUCAAACCGCCCAGUAAUUCUAUUUGCGCUAGUUGAAACAUUUUACAAAUAAUCCAAAAUCCUUAUACAACAAAUGAAAAAUAUUCUAUAAUCAGAGAAGAAAGAGGAAUUUCAAAUGUUUUAAAAAUAAGUUGAGGUGAUAUCAAACAUUAAAAUCUCAGAAGAAGAACGAUAUGUAGAAAAUAGAAAAAAAUAGGAAACAUUUAUUGGCAAUACUUUAGAGAAACCUCAGCUUUUACUUAAAAGAUAAUGUAUCAGAGAAUGUGUAAACGAAAAAGAAUAGCUAAAUAAUGAAAAAGGUAACUCACCAAAUAAUCAGUUUUUACCCUGUUCAGAUCUUAGGAUGUAAAACAAAGAUUAUAAAGAAGAAGCUUUAAAUAUGAUAUCAAUUUUCUGUAAAUUGGAUUUUUUGAAAUUUCCUGGAAAAUUAAUUACUAUAGAAUUGAAUGGAAGCUAUGAUGAUGAAGAAGGCAAAGAAUUCUCAUUUUAAGUUCCAAAUAGCUAUUCUCAAAUUACCCUUUUUGCUAUAAAUAAUUAUAAUUAUGCCCUAUAAAAAGUCUCAUUAACUUAAUGUGGAAUUAGUACUAGAAGCCUUGAACAUCAAACAAAUCUUAAUAAAGAUAAAUGUUAUAGCAUCUCUAGGAAUUCUAAAGCCUUUAAAAAGGGAGAAUGUAUUUACAUUAACGAUGUAACAGCUACUUAAAUAAAGAUUAUCGAUUCUUUAGAAAAAGUAUAUAGAGAAUUAAUAUCAUUAAACAAUAAUGGGAAAAAAUUGAGGGUAAAAGAUCUUCAAAAUUGGGAAUUUCUAAUAAAAUGGAAUUUAAAAACAUUAGAACAAAAACACUAACUCUAUAAUGAAUACCAAAGCGAUGAGUUAAAUUUAUUUUUAUUUUUCAAAGAUUCCCCCUACUUUGAGGUUUAUGUUUAAAAUUACAUCAGAUGUAAAAUUGAAAAAAAUGUAGUUGAUCAUUUUUUAUGUUAAAAUGAUGCAGAAUUAGAAAGGUAUCUCUCAAUUUAUACUUUUAACUCUUUAAACACAAUCGAAUAAAUCUUAUUAUUGAUUUAUUAUUAGGAAAUAAAACCAAAUAAAGCUCUCUCUUAAAAUAUAUAUUCUUACUUGCAAUAAAAUCAUGAUAUACUCCCGUUUGAUGAAAAUUUAGCUUAACGCCUUUUCGACACAAUUUUAACUUCUCAAGAGGCAAAGGAGAUGAGAAAUAAUAAUAAUAACUCAAACAAUCCAUUUUAACCCUCAACUCUAGGAGAGAUGAAUUUAAAUAGACCUCCACCACCGCCCCCACCACCAUCACAUUUAUAUCCAAACUCAUCAACAGGCUUUGGCUUUGGAGGUUCAAUGCCUCCUCCACCACCUCCACCAGGAGGAUGCCCACCUCCUGCAGGAUGCCCUCCCCCCCCAAAUCCUUUCUCCACUUCCACUACUACCACGAACAAACCAUUGAUUGGAUUUAUUACAUCAAAAAAUACUGUAGAAGACAAAAUUGGGUUACUGCAAUAGUUGCGCUUUAGAAAUGUGUCAUUAGGUAGAAAAGCGAAGGAUUUCAGUGAUGAUUCAAGUGACGAUGAACACUAUAAUGAAUAGAGAAAUUAAUAUAUUUAAAACUAUAAAAACGUUGAAAAAACAAAAGAGUUUGGGGAACGACAUUCCUAUUAUUAUAAAGAUUAAAUUGUACCAAUAAAGUUAAAUAAACUUUUUAUAGAGUUGGCAAAGUAUUCAAUGAAUGAAGGAAUUUUAAAUAAAUCUUCCUUUAUUACCCCUGAAAUUAUUCAUUACAAUACAUUUUCUGAAUUUGUUUUUAUUCUUUCAAUUUUAGAUCUGCCUUUCUAAAACGUUAAAUAAUAGUAUUAUUAAUUCUAAGAAAUAGGCAUGUAAAUUGUUUCAGAAUCUAAUUUAAUUUAUUAUAGUAAAGAAAUUAAAGAAGUAGAUAUCUAAUUAAGAAAUGAUAUUCUUAUCACAUAAUUAUUUUUUGACGAGUAAAAUAAAAAAAAGGAAUUUUUAUCAUCAUAAGAAUUCUUAACAAAUCAUAUUUAUGGAUCAUUAAUAAUCGUUUCCAAUUUCUCUAAUGAUGAUAUUAACGCUUAAAUCUUUGUAGAAAUACCAAAUGGUGGAAUCCCAAUAAUCUCAUCUUUUUAUUCAAAAUCAAUUACCAUUUCUUGCAAUUCAUUAUCUACAACUAGAUAUGCAUUUUAUUGGUAUUUUCCUAAAAUAGGCACAUUUUCUAUUCAUCCCGCCUGCUUGACUAUUCUUGAUAAGGUGGUAGCUAGAGCAACAACUCAAGAUUUUAAUGUGGUUAAUUUUAAAGCCAAUCCUAAUUUAGAAGUGAUAGAAGACAUAUUAGGGACUGGAAAUAAGACUAAUAUUAUAAAAUUCUUGGAAAAUAAAAAUAUAUUUGACGAAAAAGUGUUUAAAUCUUAUUAAAUAGCCCAUCUAUAUGAGGAUAAAGACUUUUAUUUGAAAGUUCUAAAUAUAUAUAGGGCAAAAAAAUUUUAGGAUUCGUAAAUUCUGAAUUAUGCUGUCUACCAUGCAGAUUUUGAAGGUUUAUAGGAAUUUUUCCAGCAAAAGCAUAUUAUGGAUAAAUUUAAUUCAAUCAAAUAUUUCAAAUCCUCUCUUUUUGAGAUCAGCAACAUUAAAAUGCUGGAGUAUUAUCCAUUAAUUACAAAGCGUAUUCAUAAACUUAAAUAAGAUGAAUAAGGAAUUCUUAAUGUUGAACUUAGGAAACAAUAUAAAGAUUAUUUAUAGUAUUUAAUUGAAAAACCAAUUCAUUCUAUUUAAGAUAAAUUAGGAUUCUCUUAUUACCUCAUAUUGUAGGAAAGAAUAACAGAAGCUAUAAAAGUCAUGAACUCUAUCUAAUUGCCUAUAAAUGCUAAUAAUUCUGAAUUACAAUACGAUUAUUUUUUGGCUUAUUUUGACUUUUAUGUUGGUUAUCCUAAUUUUCAACAGGCUAGAAGAAUUUGUGAGAAAUAUUUGAAUUAUCCUGUUAUUUAUUGGAGAAAUUUGUUUUAUGAAAUGGCCAAUUUAUUAGCUGAAUUUGAUGGUGAUGACGAUCUAAAGGAAGUUGGACUAGAUAUAAAUUAAAAUUAAUAGUCAAAGUAAUUAGCCUUAAAGGAGGAAACCUUAUCAUGUGAAAUUUAAGGAACUAGAAUAAUACUUACGUAUUCAAAUCUCAAUCAAGCUACAAUUAUGUUUUAUAAUUUUAAUUAAGAAGUAGUAUUUUCUAUUGAUCCGUUCUAAUUAAAUUAAAGGAAAGACUUUUCAAUUAUAUAAUCUAAUCAUGAAAUUAAUUUGAAAUUAGAAAAUGAAAAAGAAGGAAUGUAAAUAAUAUUUUAUAUUUUAGAAUAUAUAUGAAAGUCAUAGACAUCCCAUUUCACAUCUAAAAGGAUAAUCUAUUUAUCUAGGUCAAUGGCAUUCAUAAGAAAUGUUUCUAAAGCUAUUCUUCAAAUAGAUUAGUUGUCAAUAUUAUGGAAAAUUGUGGCUAAUUAAAAGUGUGUGAUUAAAAUGGAAAAUAUUUGUCCAAAGUUUAUGUGAAAGUCUAUGUUUAAUAGAAAACAGGUGAAUGUUAUUUCUAUAAGGAUGGUUAUACUGAUUUAAGAGGUAGAUUUGAUUAUGCUUCCUAAAACUCAGAAGAAUUUUCACAAGCGCAAGCUUUUGCCAUUUUUAUAUCAGAUGAGUAACAUGGAUCUGCUGUUAAGGAAGUGAAAACACCAUCCAUUUUAGGAAAAUAUGAAGGGGAUGUCAAGCUUGUUUCAACUUUAUGGUAGAAGAAGGUUGAAUAUUAAAAGGUAUAUAAAAAUUUUAGGUGAUGAGCG